UCUAUCUUUUAAAGUUGAAUUUGUAAUUAACGGUCUUCCCCCAAGGAAACUCCAGGCCGAGAUUCACAAGCUUCACUUGUGAAUUCUACCAAACAUAAGGAAGAAAUAAUAGCAAUUUUAUACACAGUUACACACUAAUAUACCUCAUGAACAGGUAUGUGAACAUUCUAAAAAAAACCCAGCAAAUCAAAUUCAACAAUACAGAAAAAGAUAAUACAUCAUGACCAACUGUGUUUAUCCUAAGAAUGCAAGAUUGAUUUAACCAUUUAUUUAACCAUAAGCAGAACACAAAAGAAUUAGUAACAGAAUAAUAUAUAACAUUAUCCAUAUGUUAACAACAUAACAUAUAUAAUAUAUAACAGAAUAUAAAGGAAGAACCAUGUGCUAAUCUUGAUAAAUGCAGACAAAGCCUCAGACAAAACCCAACAUCCCUUCCUACUUAAAAACUAAGUAAACCCGGAAUAGGGGGGAACUUCCUCAACCUGAUGAAGGGCAUCGAAGAGAAAAACUGCAGCUAACAUUGUACUUCAUGGGGAAACAUCAAUGACUUUCCCCUAAGCUCAGGAGCAAAGCAAGGAUGUCCACUCUCAUUUCUAUCCAACAUUCUACUGGCAAUUCUUGUGCAAUAAGGCAAGGAAAGGAAAUAAGAGACGUCCAGAUUGGGAAGGAAGACGUAAAACUGUCUUGAGUUGCAAACAUUAUUUCACGUAGACAACCCUAUGGAAUCUACAAAUAAGAAGAAAAAAUUGAAGCUAACAGGAAUUUAGGAUGGCUGCAGGAUACAAGAUUGAUACAUUUCUAUGUACUAGCAGCCAGCAAUUGGGAAUGGAAAUUAUUUCACAUACUACAGAAUGUCACUUGAAUCCCUGAUAGAACAUUCCCAAGUUGGGCACAGAGGCCCCAAUUUGAGUUGACUUCAGGCUUUUGCUUCCAACCCCCAGGGCUGCUAUGAGGUUCACCCCAUAACACCUUCUUCUCCUAACCACAGCCAGCUGCUGGUCAUGGAAGGGUUAAGGCUCUGGGUUUUGAUUAAAUUGCCCAGGACACUUUGGAAAGCAAGCAAGGGAAGACUCUGAGGUCAGAAGCCCGGGGAAGAGCUGCCCUUGGGGCAGGUGGAGUUGGAGAUGAAGAGAGCCAUGGGGAGGAAGCCAAGGGAGCAUGGUGGUCAAGAAGGUGGAGGGUCCUGAAGAGGCCACUGAGCUGGCCACUGGGAGCCUGUCCAUGGCACUACCGUCCCAGCCUAUCAUCCAGCUGAUCCCAGACCUCGAGGCCCAGGCUGAACAUGGAGGGGCCCAAAUCCCAGGCCUGGGACCAGCCCUGCAGGGAUGCUCCUCACCUCUACAUCUAUGGGAAGAGACCACAGCACAUUCUGAUCCUUCCGAUAAUCCUGGGAGCAAUUCUUCUCAGCCAGAGCCAAGGCUGUCACUUCCUGCCACACUCCAGGCUGGUGGGGACCCAGCUUGCCCAUUGUCACGAUGGCCCCACCAUCAACCCCUAUCCUCUACCUGGGGAAACAGAGAAUGGGACAGCCUGAGGACACCCAGAGAAGGAAAAAAAGCUUCUGUAAUAAAAGAUACAAGCCUCCAGGGAGGGGCCUGGGGUGAGGGGACCUCCCCCUAGGAGUCUCUCAGUCUCCUCUGCAGAAGGUGAUCCGAGCUCAUAAAUCACCAGAUGUCAGCAUCACCUCAGAACAAGCCCCCGGGAUGAGAACCCUGGCCUGGAGUUGGAGAUAGACCCCAGGGUGUGGUGGGGUGAGAAGCUGGGGAAAGAAUGGAUGGACUUCAGGGUAGGAGAGGCCAGGAUGAGGGUGAACGGCAGAGCUGAAGACCGGCCAGAGAGAAGGGAGAAAGGGGGCAGAGGGGCAGGAACGGAGGGAGAUGAGGAAGGUUCCUCUGAGGCAGGAGAGGGGAGCCCAUACAGUUACAGGCUCCUGGGUAGGAGAGCAUGCAGGGCAGAGGAGUUAAGAGUUUCUUGAGUCAAACCUGCAUUCAAGUCCUGACUUCAGCAAUGAUCAGCUGAGGGACCUUGGGCAAGUGAAACUCUUCUCCUUGUUUGUGUUGAAUCAAUAAGAUAAAGCACAGAAAGUGCUCAAGACAAUGCCUGGGCUAGUAGCACUCAACAAAUGGAAGUGAAUCCUGUUAGCAUUCACCUGUGUGGAGGAUGGUGAUGGAUCAGGGAAAGCUGGAGGAAAGGCCAACGUGGCAAGUGGAGGGGAGCAGAUGUGGGGGAUAGGGCUGGUGACACUGGCAAGGGAAAGCAGGGAGAUGAGGGGCAGGAUAGCAGAGGGGAAGGCAAAUGGGCUGAGAUGAGGGACAGGGAGGGAGGAGGGGCUGGAGCAGCACCACCACCUGGGCUGCAGAACUCCUCAGGGACUGUCCCGACCUGCAGCUCUCCGGCCCUCACCCCCUUCUCCCUGCCAGGUGCCAGUGGAUUCCCCUGCUGUAGCAAGGCGUCGGUGGACAUUAUGGAGACACAGGGUGACGUAAACCAAUACCAGCUCCAGGCGGCACAAGAGGAAGAUGAGAUGGAGCUGGAGAAAGAAUUGCUAGAGCUGGAGCCCAGCCACAAAGCAGACCUGGACCCGGACCUGGACCCAGAACCGGAGCUGGAGGCAAAACCGGAGCCCGAGGCAUUGCUGCCGUCUGCUCUGUGCCCAGCACUCACGCUGGAGCCCGAGGAAGAGCUGAACAUGGGGCCCAACUUGAAGGUGGCUGACUUGGAGUCCUGCAGUGAAGACCCUGAGCAACAGGGGUACAGGAUAGAGUGCCUCCCCUGCUACAUGGAGAGGCUAAUGCAGCAGGACAUGAGCCAGUGGAGUGUGAGGUCAAACUCCAGCUACCUGAGUUCCACAGAGGACCAGGUGUACCCCGACCAUCGCUCCAUCCGUGUGCAGACCUCCAAGCACCUCUUCCGGGCAGACAAGCUCAUCCAGGCCUCAGAACACAGCCUGCAACGGGCGAUCAGCAUGCAGCCUAGGAAGAAGAGCAUGAGUGAGACCACCAGCUGCUCGGACCAGGAGUUGGUCUUCAAGGACACCUUGUGCUCUGAGAAGCAGCUGCAGAACCCCAGCCCCCAGCCAGCGCUUCCAGCCACAGGCUCCCAGCAGCCGCCAAGCCCCUGCCUAUCUUCCUCCAAUCUCUCACCAGGCCUUAGCCUGGCAGAGCUGAUCAACUUCGCAACUUCCCUGGCCAUGGCCUCCUCCGGCAAGGUAGACUUGCCCAACUUGGAGCACAUGAUCAAAGAUCCACCCAAGAAGGUCAUGGAGCCUUCCACAGAGCCCGCCGUGGAUCCCACCACCCAGCCGGCCAUGGAGAAGCCAGAGCGGGAGCCGGCCAUGGAGAAGCCAGAGCGGGAGGAGCCCACUGAGGAGACCCAGCCGGCCAUGGAGAAGCCAGAGCGGGAGGAGCCCACUGAGGAGCUGGAGAAACCACUUGAAGCCGGGGAGCCGCAGAAAGCUUGGAAGCAGGGAGAUGAGAAUGUCCCUUGCCCUUCCUUUGACUUCAGCAAGCCGGGGGUCAAGAGGGCCACCAUCGAAGGGGAAGUGAAUCUUCUCCAGCCCUCAACCAUGUCCCCUAGGUUGCAAAGAGCCAUGAACGACUCGGUGCCGGGAACCAAGAAAGGGAGUCCAUUAUUGCUGAAAAUCCAUUUUAAGCUGUCAUCCCCAACUUCCCCAAAGAAAUGACUAGACAAAACCAGUAAA